AUGUCAAAUUUAGAUACCCUAUUAAAUGAUAUAAUAACUUCGGUUAAAGCAACCAAGUCAUCAAUAGAUGAUAUCAAGGAUCAUUUAAUCUCUAGUCUUCUUGAAAAGACAUCAACAACCAAUGUUGAAGGAGUAUCUCUUCUUUCACUCAAGAACCAGGCAUUACUUUCAUACAUCAAUAAUAUUGCUCUUGUCGUGUUGGGCCAGGUAGCGAGAUUAGAAGAAGUUGAUGAUGUGCAAUUAUGGGAAGAUAGCGUUAAGCGGAGUAUUGUUCAGCGUGUUACCUUGGAAAAGGGUAUUAAGCCAUUAGAAAAGAAGAUUGGGUAUCAAUUAGACAAGAUGGUUAGAGCAUACACCAGAAUGGAAGAAGACGAAAGAAAAAUAGAAGAUAAGUUGAACAAAGCUGACAAUAGUGAUGAAAACAGUGAUGAGGACGAGGAAGACAGCGAAGAAGAAGACGAUAGACUUGCAUAUAGACCAGAUGCAUCCGCAUUAGCCAAAUUAGCACCUAAAGGUAAAGACACCAAGCCAAGUGGUGAUGAGAAGUACGUUGCUCCUAAGAUUUCUGCCAUGGCACCUCCCUCAGCCAUCCCUAAGGAGAAACCAACAAAAACCAAGAAAUUACAAAGUAUGGAAGAAUAUCUUCAAGAACAAUCAGAAAUGCCUACUGCUGAAGCAUCAAUUGGUUCAACUAUUGUUGACCAUGGUCGUGGUGGAGUCAAGACUCAACAUGAUAGAAGAAAAGAACAAGAGAUUCAGACUUAUGAAGAAAGCAACUUUAUUAGAUUGCCUCAAGCACAAACCAAAAAAUCGUUCAAGCAGAAACAAAGAGAUAUGGCUAAUCAAUUUGCUGGUGAAGAUUGGGCUAUGUUUAAUAAUGAUAGACAAGUUAGCUCUGGUACUUCAAGAAAAAGAAAACCAACUAGUGUUUGGGAUAGAGUUAAAAAGAGACGUAAUUAG